AUGUCUAAAAGAUGUGCGAUCGAAAAAUGCAUCCGAGCAUCCCGUUGGUUGUGUGAUUGUUGUCAACAAAAUCUUUGUUUACAACAUUUAAAUGAGCAUAAUGCUUUACUCAUUUCUAAACUGAAUUCUUUGAAUGAUGGAAUUAAUGAACUUGGAGAUCGUCUUGAAACAAAAAGUAUUUACAAAGCAAUUACAGAUAAUCGUCAAAAACUUGAACAAUGGCGUCAAGAUUGUUAUAAGAGAAUUGAUUGUUUAUUUGAACAAAAAUGUAAAGAACUUGAUCAACUUGUUAAUGAAAUAGUUGACCCACAACGAAAAGAAAUUAAUCGUAUACAGUUGAAAAUACCUGAACUGAUCAAUACACAAGAAACAACUCGUGAAGAUAUUGAUUCAUUGACAUCAACUAUUCAUCAGCUUGAAAGAUAUAUGAAUAACCUUGAACAAGGAUGUCUUACGAUUAAUAUUCGUCCAUUAGUAAUAGAUGACACAGUCGUUGUUAUAGAGAAAAAGACUAAACAUGAACUUGAUCUCUCAACUCUGUCGCCUGUCGUCAAAACAAUUCAUCGUCCUGAAGAAAGUUUUCGACCAUUUACUGGCAAUGAUCGACACUUAUUGGUGCAUCAACAUCCAAAUUUAUGUUUAUUCGAUCGACAAAUGAACAUAGUCAAACAAACUCUAUGGUCGUACGAUGCAAUUCAAGACAUGUGUUGGUCGUCAACAUUAGAGCGAUUCAUUGUACUUGGAAAAAAUAACAUCUAUCUCGUCAAUGAAAACACAAUGUCAAUUAAUAAUGUGCACACAAUGGAAGAACGACACUGGCUAUCGUGUACAUGUUCUGACACAGUUCUCUUCGCAUGUACAAAUGGACGUGCAGCGUCUAUUAUGGAAUUCACAUUGUUUCCAUCAAUCGAAUUGAUUCGCGAAUGGAAACAUCCUCUAACAUGCACCAAACAUGAAUUUAUUGUUAGUACUGCUUACAAUAACGAAAAGCUAGCUCUGACGGUUGUGAAUGUGUUGGAUAAAUCACUGCGCAUGGAAUUGAGAUCUGCAAAGACUCUUGAUCGCAUCUGGAUGCUUCAACUUGAUAUUAAUUGGGCUCAAAAAUUAGCAUUUCGUUGUAGUUCACUUCCUUGUAAUGAGUGGCUUAUUGUCGACCAUGAGUGUGGACGUCUUCUCCAGAUUAAAAAAGAUGGAAGAGUAAAGAAAAUAAUCGAAUAUCAUCCAACUCCCUGUCGUGCCAUUCUAUUUGACACAAAUAAGCUAGCAGUAUCGACAACCAAUGGCGUAAAUCUGCACACAAUUCAAUAA